AUGCCAACACAGUUGUUUUAUAGAUGUGCAGCAGCAGAUUGCCUAAUGGCAUUGAGCACCCAAAGAGACUCUGCCUUUCUUCCUUCACCUCAUCAGUCUGCUCCUCAACCGAACCACGAUGUAGCUCUUCAGGCAAUCGAAGAAUCAAGGCUUGCAAUCGUUGUUCUCUCGCCGAAUUAUGCGUCUUCUUCCUGGUGCUUGGAUGAACUUACAAAGAUUCUCCAAUGCAUGAAAUCCAAGAGCACCGUUCUGCCAGUGUUUUAUCAUGUGGAUCCUUCCGACCUACGAAAACAAACAGGUAGUUUUGCGUGUGCGUUCGCUGAGCAUGAGGAAAGGUUUAGGGAAGACAUAGAAAGGGUGAAGAGCUGGAGAGCUGCUUUAAUUGAAGUGGCCAAUUUAUCUGGGUUUGAUUCAAAGAAUGAGUGUGAAAGAAGGCUUAUUGAAAAUAUUGUUCAAUGGGUGUGGGAGAAAGUGCAUCACAGAUUCAAAUUGUUGGAUUCCACAGAGUUAGUGGGAAUGAAGUUCAUACGUCAGCAAAUAGAUUGGCUAUUAGCUCAUCCUAAGGAUGAUGUUCGCUUUAUAGGGAUAUGGGGGAUGGGCGGAAUUGGCAAAACAACCAUUGCUCAGCUAGUUUAUGAUAGCAUUUCUACCCAUUUUGAAGUUAGCAGCUUUCUUGCUAAUGUUAGAGAGGUUUCUCAACGUGGUAAUCUUGUUGAUCUACAAAGACAACUUCUUUCUCCAAUCUUAAAGGAUCAAAUUACUCAAGUUUGGGAUGAACAGUGGGGAACCUCUAUCAUUAAGAAUUGCUUGUAUAAUAAAAAGGUUCUUCUCAUUCUUGAUGAUGUGAGUGAAUCAAGCCAACUUGAAAAAUUGGCUGGUGAAAAGGAUUGGUUUGGUAAGGGGAGUAUAAUCAUUAUUACAACUAGAGAUACACGGUUGCUAGUUAAUCAUGAUAUAUCAUGUAAGGUAGAGGGGUUAGGUGAUGAUGAUGCUCUUGAGCUCUUCAGUCGGAACGCCUUCAAAAAAAUGAGCCGGAGGAAGAGAGAUCAGUACGAAUGGAAAAGCGAAUUGGAUAAGUUGCGGAAAAUUCCUAAGUCAGAAAUUAUUGAUUUGCUCAAAAUAAGUUACGAUGGACUGGAUGACAUGAACAAGGAUAUAUUUCUUGAUGUUGCAUUUUUUCAUAAGGGGAUGUUGAAGGAGCAUGUAAUUGAAAUACUAGACAGUUGUGGCCUAUGUGGUCAUAUUGGGAUACAUUCUCUCGUUCAAAAAUCACUUUUAACUAUUGAUAUUUCAAACAACAGUGUUGAGAUGCAUGAUUUGAUACAAGAAAUGGCAUUGGAAAUUGUUCGUCGGGAGUGUUCUGAAGAGCCUGGUAGACGAAGUCGAUUGUGCAAUCGUGAUGAUAUCUCUCAUGUAUUCAUAAAUAAUACGGCAACAAACAAAAUUAAAGGCAUUGCCUUACGCAUGGCGAGACUUGAAAAGGCAAAUUGGGAUUGUGAAGCCUUCUCUAAGAUGCUUAAGCUGAAAUUUCUCGAAUUUGACAAUGUGAUCAUUUCUUCAUGCCCCAAAAUUCUUCCUAAUUCCUUGAGAAUUAUCAAAUGGAGUUGGUAUCCUUUCAAAGUUCUCCCAUCAAGUUUUCAACCGAAGUUCCUUUUUGCACUUGAGAUGCCUCAUAGCAAACUUGUACGGCUUUGGGAUGGAAGAAAGGACUUGCCAAACUUGAAAAAAAUGGACCUUUCGAGCUCUGAAAACUUGACCACAACCCCAGAUUUCAGUGGCAUUCCGAAUCUUGAGGAGUUGGAUUUUCUAUUUUGUAAGAAUUUGGUUGAGAUUCACCCGUCAAUUGCAGACCUCAAAUGUCUUAAAAGGUUGUCUCUUGUUUUUUGCUCAAAAUUGAAAAAUAUUCCAGAAUUUUCAGGGCAAAUGAAAAAUUUGUCAGUGCUUCGUUUAAAUGAUACGUCCAUUGAGAAAUUACCUUCAUCAAUAGGAUGUUUGGUUGGCCUUACUGGUCUGUUUCUAAUGGAUUGCAAAAAUCUCACGAAUCUUCCUAGUGAAAUUUGUAAUUUGAAGUCUCUUGAAGAACUGGAUGCCACUGGAUGCUCAAAAAUUGACAAACUCCCAGAGAACAUAGGGGAGAUGGAGUCUCUUACAGAGCUUCGAUUGAAUGAAACUUCUAUAAGACAGCUGCCACACUCCAUUGUUGGUUUGAAAAAAUUGAGAAAUCUAUCUUUGGGUGGAAGAAGUGGAUCACAGCCUAAUAAAUCAAGGUUUUGGUGGGGCCUCCCCCGCUUAAAAGGAAGAAAGGCUUUUGUGUUGGCUUCACUUGAUGGGGAUCUUCCCAGUGAUAUUGGUUGCUUGUCCUCUUUAGAAGGAUUAUGGCUUAGUGGAAAUAAUUUUGUUAGCCUUCCUGCAAGCAUUGGAUGUCUUUCUAAGCUUAAGUUAUUUUGGGUGAAUGGGUGCCAAAGUCUUGAACAAUUGCCAGAUCUCUCUAAGCUUAUCUCAUUAGCGGAUAUAAACAUAGCCGAUUGCACUUCCUUAAAAAGUUACCACAUCUUUCGUCAAAUUGCUCAUUAG